GGCCUGAUCUAGAAGUCACCGUUCGUUCCUUCCCAGAUGAGGAUGCCACCAAUCUGUCCUCGAUCCUCACGUGCUUUUCCUUCCUCUUUCACUCUUUCAACAGUGCCAACUUCCCGUUGACCAUCCAAUGUUCUCCUUCACCAUUUUGUUUGUUUGUCAGAAGUGUUAUCUUCAACUGCCUCUUCUUCCUUUCUCAUCAUCAUCUGUAGAUCUACAGGUUCUCACAGGCUGAGGAUUAUCUUUUGGUCAGCUUCAAAUCACUUUCUGCCACUUCUCUUUAACCUUACCUCAUAUCUGCAUACCAUUUCUCUAGACUGUCUCUAGAGUAAUUAAUUACUUCAUUAAGUAUUAUCCUCAAUCCAUUAACACUCAUAUCCUUGGACAUACAUCAAAUGUGUCCACAAUGGCAACUGUUCUACCAGGAAAACAGCCACUAAAUCGUGAGAGAGGGCUCAGUGGUGUCAGUGUUGGCAGCGAUAUCAAUGGCUCACUUGGUCCAAGUGCUAUGAAUCCUAUGCGACAGAGGGCGAGUUCUGACAAAGCACCAACACGCAAUGGAGCCUCGAUCAGAAGCUUUCAAGAUAGCACCAAUCAGCCCUCAUUGCCAAAAGGCUUUGAGAGUAUGCUAAAAACUACAACCGAGACAGGGGAUAUCGGUUUAUUCUCCAUCAAGCCAUCACGCUUACCUCAAACUUCCAAUGCGUUGCCACGACGCAGCAAUGGAGGUUAUAGAGAGAAUGAUCCGCAAAGACCACGUCCAACUUUCUCACCGUAUGGGGUCCCCAUCGUUGACGAUAGAAGACGACUGCCAUCCUACACAAGAAAGGGUUCCUCGGGUGUCAAAUCGCUAUAUGAUUCUGCCAGCGUUAACUCGGUCAAUUCAAGUAACAGGGAGUUCGAGGAUUCCGAUUAUCGAUCCUACUCCAUGACCCAAGCAGCAUCUCAAUCAACAUAUACUCUUUCCAACCAAAGAUCCUACGCCAGCCUUCGGAGUCAGCAGGAUGGACCUGCACUUGUUCAACGACCUCGAUCGCCAUUUGCAUAUCCAACACGCCUGAGGAGACCCGGGUUCAGACCUUCUUCCCCCGCACUUACCGAUGGUGGUGGAGUAGACUAUAGUCGCCGAGCAGAGAUUGAUCGAAUACCUUAUGGAGCGGUCCGAAACGUUUCUUCUCCAGCUUCAUUAUAUGCCCAGAAACGGGUACCACCACCACUGUCACUACGACCGGACGCGAACCGAUCAACCCCUUCAUUGUUAAGUCAGCCUUCGCCAAAGAGGCGUACGCCAAGUCCCAAUCUACGACAGGGAAAUGGGAUGGUCGGACCAGAUUGGCAACGCCGAAACGGCCCGCCUUCGAUUAACACAUCUCCAGCUCGAAGUACACUUAGUUUUUCCUCGACUACCAAUUUUGCCCCACCGAGUUUGCCUCAAUCAGCAACAAAUACGCCAGGGAGACCAUCACCUUUGUAUUAUGACUAUACCGAAGAUUUUGAGGUGGAAACCGAGAAUCAGUCAAACUUAGAGCCUCCACCACAAUUCCAACUGCAAAGGACAAUUCACGAAGACCGACCCUUAAGUUCAACACCUCUGCCUCUUGCCAAUAGUCAUCCAUCUAGGCUCAAUUUAAAUAAUAACCACCAUCUUCGUACAUCAUCAUCGGCGUCAACCAUAAUUCGACAUCCUAUGAGGAAGGACAGCGCAGAAAGUGGAAGUGGAUUUCCAAAUAAUGGUGGUCAUGUUCGAGCUGCACUUAGUAUCGGUGCAAAAAACUGUGAGAGCUCUGCGCCAUCUAACAGUGUUCUUGAUGAUACAAGCUCUAUAGAUAUGUCAAGUUUAGGUGCCAAUGCUCAAGAGUUGAGCUCGCGGGUGUCGAGAGCAUUUGGCCUACACCCUUCACCGCAAUUUGAAGUCACGAUUACCUCAGGCUGUGAGGAAGUUGAGAUUAAGCAGACCGAGCUUGUACUUAAAGAAGCUAAUAGUAUGGUUACCAAAAGCGGGCUUCAACAACGGACUUCAUCAUUACCAACAACCAAAAUAGAAGGUGUAGUAGAAACUUCUCCAUCGAUCAUUGAGCCACAACAAAUCUCUACAAAAGGCUAUGCAGGCGAAGGUAUCAUUUGUGCGCCCGGAAAGCAAUCUUCCGAAAGUCUUCCGAAUGGCACAAAGCUUCAGCAACCGGUGGAGGAUACAGAUGAAUGUGACGAUUUGUCUAAAUUUAAUUCUGUGCGUACAAGCAAAGUCAGAUCUAGUGGCAUCACCAUUGACAAUGGUUUUGAUGAACUAGCUGAUCUAGUUGCUACUGAUGAGACUGAUCAGUCUAAUACCUUUGACAAUGAAUAUACCGGACUCCGGAGGACUCCUAUGAUGUCGCCAACAUUACCUCGAGACUCUUAUCUUGACCCUCCUUCGAUACAUGGUACCAGCCCUCCCUUAUCGCAGAUCGAUAAUAUGGAGCAAAGUGGUGCUCAAAUCGUGGCUACUGAUAAAAGCUUCGAGGACGGGCUUCAAGUCCAUGAGCGACGAAUCGCAAAAGGCAAAUUGCCCGACUAUAGGCCAUCCGAGUUCCAGAGCCUUGGUAAUCAAGCUCCAAGCAAAAUAAUGCCUAGAUCUGAGUCACCAAUGUUAGCACCCAAGCCUAUCUCACCAGCAAGGGAGUUGAAAUUGAAGAACAGCGUGCCACAGCUUAUGAAAUCCCUCCCUAAAAUACCCGACUCUUCGAUUCGCGGAUUAGCAGUACCUAAAAGGUCUGCUUUUGCGGAUGCUGAUAUGCCUAGUCAUCUAUCUAAAUUUUCCCCAGAAGAGAAGUUUGGAACAAUUGAUGAACAUGCAGUAAACUCAUCGUCAAUCAGUCCCCCUAAGACUUAUUCUUCUUUGGACAAAGAAAAGCUCAAGAAGUCAACGGAGCGAGCUGAAUUGAUCUCUAGCCCAGCCCAGAAACAUCAAAUUGAUACAAAUAGAGAGAAUCAUGGUCCUCGCUCUUCGCCCAUGAAGUUGAAGCUGAAAGUUAGAAACUCUAUUGCAGAGAAGACAUCAUCUUCGGAUCUUCGGGCACCAAGGCACGAGGAGACUCUCUCAUGGGCGAGUUCACAGGUCAACAAUCUACCUCCGGUUAGCCAAGAAGAACAAAUUGGAGAUCUCAAGCCUGCUAAGCUCAAAUUAAGACUUAUCAGAGCUACAGGCUCGGAAGCUUCCGGAACUGUAAGGGUCAGUAAUGCAUCUGGAGACCAAUCCAGGUCCAGCAACGAUCUGCAUGUCUCCUGUCCGAAAGAUUUAUUUACGCCUACCAGUGGAAUUGACAACAUAUUCCGACAGGUUAGUAAGCAUCUUCAUUCACGAAGACCUAGUGGGAAUAGUGAUCAACAAUCAGGAAAUAUUAUUGAGAUGAUGCCAAGCCAACCAUCGCUGAAUUUGCCUUCUUGUUUGAAUCUUGGCGUGCCUCAUGCUGAUCUAUCUGGAAACUUACCAAGCCCCACUGAUGCCCGAAGCUUUUUCUCCGAUGACAGCUCUCAUCGCAAUGGUGGUCAUGGUUUACGCAAAAGAAUUUCAAACUUUCGAGCUCGUGUUGGUGUACCAUAUGUAGCUCGUAAUGGAUCCUAUUCUUGUGAUGAUGUAGUCUGGAGAGAUCAAGUUGGAGGAGUUGGACAAUCGCCACUAGCUGCCAAGUCCGUUGCUGAUCUCAAUGCCACGAGGGCCAGCUUCACAGAAUCACAAAAUCCUCGACGUUCAGAGCAUAGGUUGCAUGGACAUCGGUUGCGAGCAAAAGUGUCUGAAUGGUUUCGUGGCGCGCGAGCUGCUAUUUCCGCUCGUGUCAAAUCACGAAGUGCAACCAGUGCUGGUAAUGAGAGAUCAAGGGCUAGUGCAUGAUUCUCUGAAUAUGGCACUGUGUCUCGUUGUUAGGAUCUAGCUUGUAAUCUUUGUGUUAGGCUUGUCAUCCAGUUUUGGAGCAAAAAUACUGUUCUGGCUGUUUUUUCUCUUGUUUUUUUCUGGUGGCGUUUGGGCGUGUCAGGUUGAGAUUUGUAUGGGAUGGGAUUGGGUGGUAUAAAGUGGAGUUUUAGCUCGCUGGUGACAGAAAACAAAUUAGACUGAAAGAAAGCAAUAAUAUUAAUGAAUAUUAAAUAUGCUUAUGACA